GCAAUUCAACUAUAGAUUUACUUGUAUACAAAAAUUAUUACAACGCAGAAAUAAAUUUCUCUGACGACACUUUUGUAGUUUUGUUUUAUACUUUGUAAAAUUAUAUCUACAAAAAUAGAUUUGAAUAUUCAACAUGAAACUAACAAUUUCUGUAAUUUCUUUCAUUUUGUAUAUUAUUAUUAAUAAUUAUCAAUUAGUUUCUGGUGAUGACAUGGAUUUGAUUUAUGGUAUAAAAAGUUUCCAUAAGAGAAGUAAAGCUGCUGAUAAAUGCGUAAUAAGUGUACUACACUCAUUGCUUUCGAGAAAUAUAUAUUUUACAUGUAUAGGAGGAUUUCGACGAUUUGACGAUUUUUGGAAAGCAGAAGAAAAAUGUAUUAGAAAGAGUGCUUCUGGUCGGUACUACUGUAACACAUAUUUAUCUCACAUUGGUUUAGAAAAAAGGGAAGAUAUUGAAGCGGAAUGCAUCGUGAAAGAAAAGGAAUCGCGUUAUAUAUGUUUGGGAAGAAAGGGUGAAGUAUAUACUUCUAAAAAGAAGGCGGAAGAAAUAUGUAUUAAAGAGGGUAAUAAUCAUCUUUACUACUGUAAUUCUAUAACAGAGGAAGUGUUUACAAAAAAAGACAAUAUAUUUAAAGGAAUAAGGGUAAAGUAAUAAAGUAAGGUAAAAAAAAAAAGUUAAAAGUUUAAAGUAAUAUGGAUAACACUUUUAGUGAAUUUACAUGGGAUACAGUACAGAAAUGUGAAAAAUGUUUAAUUCAAAAAAUGUAUUUAAAUGAAUCUUAAUAUUAAUAAAAUUAUUUCCAAGUGAAAAA